AGAUGUCAGAGGUUUACAGUGCACAGCAGGCUUUAGACAUGAUUCUCAGCCAGGUCAACCCCUGUGACUCCGAUGGAGAAGAAAUAACCCUUGAGCAGCGUUCAGACUCUGAAAUAUCUUCUGAUGAGGAGACUUCAUCACCUCCAGAAAAGAGAGGUUGCAUCGAGACACACGAGUGCCUGACAGAGUCAGAGACGGCAAAAGACGGCACAGUGUGGCGUGAAGAACAGAUCGGAAGACCUCUGCAUGACAACCCAAUUGAAUGUCAUCCCACAGAUGGAGARCCAACUGCUUUGGCCAGAAAAAAAGUGUUGAGUCACUUAGAGAGUUUCCUGUGUUUCAUCUCUCUGGAAAUGCUUYAGACCAUACAGGGAUGGACUGUCCAGCAUGCACGCCAGACACAGCAUGAAGACUGGUCCAUGGCCCUCCCUGAACUAAAGGCGUUCAUUGCAAUCCUCAUCCUGCGAGGGAUUGUCCGCCUUCCAGCGGUGCAUKACACAUGGUCUGCAACACUGGGAGUGCCCUCCAUCAGCAACAUUAUGGCUCGAAACCRCUUCCAGGACAUCAUGCGGCACCUACGCUUCGAUGACAAGGACACACACAGUGACCAAGUUGUAAAUGACCRGUUUGCUGCAGUCGCUGAUGUUUGGGGGUCUUUUGUUGCCAACUGCAUCUCUUCUUACAACCCAGGAAGGCACAUAGCCAUAGAUGAGCAACUUUUUCCAUGUAAGACCUGUUGCUGUUUCCUGCAGUACACUGCAACAAAACUUGACAAGUUUUGCAUAAAGUUCUGGGUGGCAUGUGACCUGAAAUCCAAGUACGUAUGCAACAUUAUCCCAUAUCUUGGCAAAGACCCCAGUCGUCCCACGGGGGAAAAACCAUCGGAAAAUGUGGUGAUGAAGCUUAUGGAACCAUUUAUGGACAAAGGAAGAACUAUUACCACAGACUAUUUUUUCACCUCAUUGUCACUAGCAAAACGACUGCUCGACCGGAAGACCACCCUCCUUGGCACAGUAAGCAAGACUCGCCGUGAGCUUCCAGAGUCUGCCAAAAAGACUUUGGACCAUGAAGAAUUCAGUACACAGGUGUUUUCAACCUCUGGUGCCACACUGACCGUUUAUGUGCCUAAACGGAGAAAGACUGUCUGCAUCCUCAGUAGCAUGCACAGUGUGGUGGAGACUGGGGACACCCCACCAAAAAAAGCCAAACACACUCACCGACUACAACAGCCUGAAAUGUGGCGUGGAUGUCAUGGACCAGAUGUUGCGAAAGUACACUGUUUGUUCAGAAACACGGCGCUGGCCAGUCGCUGUGUUUUACAACAUGGUUGACAUUUCAGCACUGAAUGCAUAUGUGCUUUUUCAGGCAUGCACUGGGGUCAAAGAGAGACGGGCAGACUUCUUGGUCAAGCUUGCAAGAGAGCUCGCACAGUCUCAUCUGGCAGCCAAGGAGAUGUGUAAGGAAACCCAGCAGCAACCACCCACACCUGACACAGGGAAAAGGGCAUUGUGCCAGGUUAAGUGUUGCUGCAAGAGUAACCGUGCCACUCAGCAUUGUGUUUCUUGUAACAGGUUCACAUGUGGCAAAUGCAGAAAGGAGAUGUUGUGGAAGUGCCACUUGUGUUCAGACAGUCUGGAGGUGUGAUGAGUCUCUUGGGUUUUCAUACCAGUCUGACAAUAAGCAAUAUAGCGCACCACUGCACAAUGACUGUAUGUACAGAGGCUUAUUGGCAUAGUUUAUAUUUCUGUAUAGUUUACAGUUCUAUUUAUGAAUACUUUUGUUAUUAUAUUGUUGCAUGCUUAUUUUAUCUUUUAUUGCUUGCUUGUACUUAGAUUUAUACAAAAUAUUUGGAUAGCCAGUGUGGGCAGCAAAGAAAGAACUUCAUUGUACAAGGAAACAGGGUAACACGUUUCUUUACUGUGCAUAUAACAAUAAAGCUUUGAAUCUUGACUCUAAA